AUGGAAAGUGCAAACGUUGUGCACAUACUUACUGAUCCUCAACACACCUUAGACUCAACUAUGUCAGAAACAGAGUCAAUACAAGCAGAGGGAGUUCCAUACCGUGAAGMAGUUGGAAGYCUGUUGUACUUGAGUCAAAUAACGAGACCUGAUAUAACAUUUACCGUUAAUUUGGUUAGCCAUUAUCUAGAAAAACCUCAAAAAGUGCACUGGAAUGCAGUAAAACGCAUUUUUAAAUAUUUAAAGUCCAAACCAAAUUUUGGAAUUUUGUAUAGUAGCGAUAUAAAUAUCAAUGUAAUAAGUUAUAGUUAUSUAGAUUAUGCAGGUGACGUAAAUACGAGGAGAUCUACAUCAGGAUCAGUGUUCUGA